AUGCCGACGCUGCGAGCUUUCGCUCAGCGGCAUGAGCUGCGCCUCCGCUACGGCCGCGGCAGCGAGCAGGUCCUGUGCAGCACGUUCCAGGUGAAGCAUUCCUGGAUGAUGCGCUUCUUCGACGUCACCGCGAGCGGCGACGUCCUCCAGAAGAGCGUGUCCCGGCAGACGCGCGACGCCAUCGGGAUCGCGCGGCGCUCCGCCCGCCCGACACUCCAUAUCGUUCCCGUGACCGUCCAGCACUCGCAGGGAAGCAAGGAGCAGCUGCGCGCGCAGAACGCGUCAGAGCUCGGUCGCCUGCAGCGCCAGGCCAGCUCGCCGACCGCGCGCUUCGCUGGCGGCCGGAGGGCGCUCCAGAUCUCCGUUGAGCGCCCGGCUGCCCUGCUCGAGGCCGCCCUUCUGGCCCAGCUCGAGGGGCGCGUCGGCCACGUCGUCCUGCGUGCCCUCGGGCGCGCGCCGAACUGGGGGAGCGCCGGCACGAAGUGCGCCCGCAGUAGGGUCCUUCGAAUCGACGUUGUCGGGCAGGGGUUUCAGCUGGUGCACUUCAAUAUCCAUAACCAUGGUCUCAAUACGAUGCAGAUUGACGAGAUAUGUGCGGAGAUCGACGCUGCGCGGGUACGUGCGGCCGCUGACCCUCUUCACUUCUUGGUGAUCGUGCAGGGCGACCUCAACUUCGGCCCUGAUGAGGCGUUGCUCCUCCGGUCUGAGCAGCCAGUUCCUCGCCAUGUCUUCGAGAGCCCUCUCUUUCGGCAGCGUAUUGAGGGCAUGUUCAAAGACGGCGCUGGCGCUGAGACGUUGUGCUCUGCGGCGGUCUACCAGGAACACUUCAAGGACAUGUUGAAAGAGGAUGUGCACGUGCAGUAUGGCGUCAAGAUCUUCCUCUCGCCCGUCGGCUGGUGGCGACCUCGGCUACCGCAGCUGGCCUGA